AUGAAUAUGUUGGAUGAUGAAGAUGACCAAAGCUUUCACGCUACGCGUGACGGCUACUCCCAUUUGAGCGAUGUCGAAUGGGAUGCGGUUGAACGAAUGGGUUCGACCAUGGGCAUCCAUGCUGUUAGCGUCAUGCUAGAGGCUCUCAAUAGAGAUGCCCAACAUGCUACUAUCGCCAAGUUCAUUCAAAAUGAACUUGACGCAGAACGCGAGAAAGUAGCCUUGCUUCACCAACAAGGUUCUCAACAAGCAGAGUUGUUGAGAGAACAAGGUGCUCAACAGUUUGAACUGUUGAGACAGCAGCAGGCUGCUGCUGGCGGGUCGAUGCACUCGCGUCGGCCCGAGACUUUGAAGAUUGACAUCUCAAAGUAUAGGGGGGUCGAAGAAGACUCCCUCUUGAGAUGGUUCGUCGAAUUGGAUGACGCCAUAAGGGCGCGUCGCAUCGACGACGGGGAUAUGCAAGUUGCAUUUGCCCAGUCAAAUCUGGCAGGACGUGCCAAGACUUGGGCACUGGGGCUCAAGCUGCACGACCCAUAUGCGUUUGGGUCGUUGGAAGUCUUCAAGUCGCGGCUCAGACAAACGUUUGAACCGCCUAGAGCUGAGUUCAGAGCUCGAACCGAACUCUUGAAGCUCAAGCAGGGUAAGCGUGAUGUGCACGCUUACGCUCAACAUAUACGACAUCUCACGAGUUGUAUAAGUUCCAAUCCGGUGGAUGAACACACGUUGGUUUCGGUGUUCAUGCAGGGUCUUGCGGAUGGUCCCGUCAAGACUCACCUGUUCCGGCUUGAACUAGAUUCACUAGAACAAGCCAUUUCAAUUGCGGAGCAGGAAGACUUCAGUCUGAGACAGGCUCGCGCCAGCUCGACAUCAUAUCGUCAACCGAGACGAUAUGACAACGAGACGAUAUGA